UGAUUUGAGGCGGAGGGAAAGUUCAAAAAAUUGUAGCGACGGCAACGGUAAAAACAUCACGGAGUAGCGAGCCACAAUGAACCGACUAGCGAAGGCUAAAACCCCCCGCAAGCCUCCCUCUAAAAAGCCUUCCAGCAACCAGAAAGACCCGGUUGGGGUGUACUGUCGUGUACGGCCCCUGGGUUUGGAGGAUGAGCAGUGCUGUAUCGAGGUUAUAAGCAGCAGCACCAUCCAGCUGCACGCCCCGGAAGGCUUCAAAACAAACCGCAAUGGAGAAUACAAAGAGACACAGUAUUCCUUCAAAAAAGUAUUUGGCUUGUCAACCACUCAGAUUGAGCUGUUUGAGCAUGUGGCCAAACCUCUUGUGGAUGACCUCAUCCAUGGAAGGAAUGGUCUGCUCUUCACGUACGGGGUCACAGGAAGUGGGAAGACGUUCACUAUGACUGGCUCUCCAGGCCAGGGUGGACUUCUCCCUCGCUCACUUGACAUGAUCUUCAACAGUAUAGGACCCUACCAAGCCAAAAGAUAUGUUUUCAAGACAGAUGAAAAAAAUGGCUUGGAGGUCCAGAAUGAAGUCGAUGCUUUGUUGGAGCGCCAGAGGCGGGAUAACAGCUUGCCUGUUCCUAAAUCUUCAUCUUCCUCCUCCAGACAAAAAGAUCCUGAAAUUGCUGACAUGAUCAAGUCAGAGGAGGCUUAUAAAGCUGAUGCCGUGGAUGAGGACAGCAGCUACACCGUGUUCGUCUCCUACAUAGAAAUCUACAACAACUACAUCUAUGACCUUCUGGAGGAAAACCAGGAGGAUGCUAUCAAACCAAAGUGGAAUGGUGGAGGCACACCUGUGCGCCAGAACACUGAGUUCAUACCACCUCAGUCUAAAAUCCUCCGAGAGGAUCAGAAUCACAACAUGUACGUGGCUGGAUGCAUGGAGGUGGAAGUCAAGUCUGCUGAGGAGGCGUUUCAAGUGUUCUGGAGAGGUCAGAAGAAGAGGAAAGUGGCGAACACUCGCCUGAACAGAGAGUCCAGCCGCUCCCACAGCGUGCUCAUCGUUAAACUGGCUCAGGCUCCUCUCGAUGCAGACGGCGACAACAUUCUCCAGGAUAAAAACCAGGUGACUGUUAGCCAGCUGUGCCUGGUGGAUCUGGCAGGAAGUGAGCGCACCGGCAGGACGGGGGCAGAAGGCACUCGUAUACGUGAAGCAGGAAACAUCAAUCAGUCUCUGCUGAACCUGCGGACGUGCAUGGAGGUCCUGCGAGAGAACCAGCUGUACGGCACAAACAGGAUGGUCCCCUACAGAGACUCUAAAGUGACCCACCUGUUCAAGAACUACUUUGACGGAGAGGGCAAAGUCAGAAUGGUCGUCUGUGUCAACCCCAAAGCUGACGACUACGAGGAAACCUUGCUGGUGAUGCGCUUUGCAGAGAUGACCCAGGAGGUGGAGGUGGCUCGGCCAGUGGACCGUCCCAUCUGUGGCUUCACCCCAGGACGUCGCCAUAGAAACCAGGCCUUCAAGGAGGAACUGUCUCGCAAGCUGGACGAGCGUGGCGGUCCGGUCGGAGGGGACUUGACCUCUGUUAUAAACCACCUGGCGCACAGCCUCCCCCCACUUCCCUCCUGCGAGCUGACCGACCCUCACGAUGACAUCACGCUGCCCCGGCUGAUCGAAGCCCUGCAGAACAGAUACCGGGUCAGGCAGAUGAUGAUUGACGAGUACAACGACGCAGCCAACAAGAUGAAGUCUAUGCUUCAGGAUCAGGACAACAGCCAAAUUUCCAAAGACAAUUUCAUUCACGAACAAAACGGCAAACUGGUGGAGAAGGACAGAAUCAUCCAGGACAACAAGGCGGAGAUCGAGCGCUUGGAAAAGAAAAACAAGAUGCAAGAACACAAGAUUGACAUCCUGCAGAAAACCACUAAAAUCUAUGAGGGCGACAAGCGCUCUCUGCAGAGUGAACUGGAGACCCGAGAGCAGAGGCUGCAUAGGGAGCUGUCGGAGAAGAGACGCAUGGAGCAGCGCCUCAACGGCGUUGUGACCGAUACCCAGUACAAGUGGGAGAAAGAAUGCGACCGACGCGUCAACGCGAUGCAGCUGGAGAUGCAGAACAAGCUCUGGGUGAAGGACGAGAAGCUGAAGCAGCUCAAAGCCAUCGUGACGGAUAGCAAGACUUCAGGUCGCCCAGAUCCUCCUCCGCGUCAGACGCAGCCUCAGAGACCUUCCAGAGAGGAACGCCCUCAGAGGCCGUCGAGAGAGGACUGCCUCCCCGCCAAGAGAUCGGCCUCGCCCUCACCUGUCCCUACGACCACCCCGGUGCGGCCGCUGCACCGCCGCUCCCGUUCAGCUGGCGGGGAGAAGUGGGUGGACCAUAAGCCCUCCUCCAGCCUCGACUUGGGAACAGUUCUGCAGCCCGUCAUCCCCAACGCCAUCCAGGUGUCGACCCCGAGUGAGAAGGCCCUGUCUAAGUGUGACAGAUACGUGUUAACACACCAAGAGGUCGCUUCUGACGGCGAGAUACAGACCAAACUUAUUAAGGGGGAGGUUAUUAAGACCCGAGGAGGAGGACAGUCGGUCCAAUUCACCGACAUCGAGACGCUGAGACAGGAGCUCACAACUGUGCCCAGGCUCAAGAGAAAGUCUUCAGAGGGGGCCCCCGCCAACGGAGAGCGAACGGAUGGAACGUGGACCGAUGUGGAGAAGAGGUGUUCUGUGGCUGUGGAGAUGAGGGCUGGAUCAAACAUGGGUCCCGGCUAUACACAUCACGGAAUCACCAAGCGCAGAAAACCCUAGAGCAGCCGUCAGCUCCUCCAGCGAUCACUCCCCUCACCUGGCUGUUGUGCAAUAGUCUGAACCUUUUUGUAUUUAGCUCUAGUGAUGAUAUUUAAACAUUUUCCACACUUUUUUUUAUAUGCAAAAGUGUAUAUAUGGGUCACCAAAGCUGUUUUGUAUAAAUAUUUUAUAUGCUGUGUUGGAACCAAUAACAAAAAAAGUGCUGUGAUUCAGUCGUGGCAGGUAUUUAGUAACUGCUGCUGAAAAGAGUCUGUUUGCACAUUGUGUGUAACAUGGUGUUACUUGGCACAUGAGUCGUGAUGCUGCGACAACGAUGAUUUUCCUGCUACCCAUACUGUUUCUGUGGUGAAUUAUACAGAGCUUAUAGUAGAGUUUGUUAUCCAGUUCUUCUUGCAUGUCUUUCAUUAAUCUGCCACUGAAACUGAUGUCUCCUGCCUUCACUGUAAACUCAGGAAUAAAAUUCCUUUUUAAGCA